AUGUAUGCUGAGUUUGUAGCAUGUUAUGGGGAAUCUUUACAAGCUUUGUGGUUAAAGAAUCUGAUUUCAGAUAUACGAGUAGUUGAUUCUAUUUUCUUACCUAUGCUGAUCUAUUGUGAUAAUAGCGCUGUCGUUUUCUUUUCAAAGAAUAAUAAGAUCAGCAGUGCUUCAAAGCAUAUGAAGAUAAAAUAUCUUACUGUCAGAGACUUAGUCAAGAAAGGAAACAUUGUUAUAGAAAAUUGUAAGACAGAGUUGAUGUUAGCAAAUCCUCUCACAAAAGGAUUAAGUGCCUCAUUGUUUAAUAAACAUGUUGUUGAUGUGGACAUUUUAGAAUCUUUUGAUCUUUUGGCCUCUCUCUCUCUCUCCAUGGUGAGAAGGAAGAAGUCUGUGCACAAGCUUGCUAGAGUGAUUGAUUCAGAGCUUCCUUCAUCCAAUGCUCAGAUUGUAGAGGAAGAAAGAACGGGAUUGGAGGCAGAAGUGACUGAGGAGAAGAGUGUGGAUCCUCUGCUCCUGGAUCUUGUGCCUCAAGAUGACAUUGCUGAGAAAUCUCGCUCAGCCUCCUGGGCAGAUGAAGACCCGAUCCAACAAGAUGGUAAGCUGAUGGCUCAAUUGGAUAUCGAUGAGAUUGAAGUGGAGGCGUCAUUCUGGAAAUCUGCCCUGAUUUGCAUGGUUAUUGGGGCAAAUCCACCUCUGGCUGUGUUUGAAGGGUUUAUCAGAAGAAUUUGGGGUAACCUUAGCAUUGAUCGUGUGGCCCGGAUGAAUUCUGGAUUCACAACAGCCAAGUUUCGAGAUGAGGCAACUAGGGAUAUGGUGCUGGAAUCUGGAGUGAUUCAUUUUGACAAGAAGCCAGUAAUACUUCGGCUUUGGUCAUCAGAUGUUGAGUCUAUAAGGUCAGUAAAAUCUGUCCCUGUUUGGAUUCGAUUACUUGGUCUCGGGCUGCAAUAUUGGGGUGUUAAUUGUUUGAGUGCUCUAGUUAUCACAAUUGGCACUCCUAUCAUGGUGGACAAGGUCACAAAAGCUAGAACUAUGAUCAAAUUUGCUAGAAUCUUAGUUGAUAUGGAAAUUGCUGAACAUCUCCCAAUGCAUAUCCAUUAUCUAAAUGAGAGAGGUCAGAUUAUGGAGCAACCCAUUGAGUAUGAGUGGCUAGCAACUAAGUGUUCUAGUUGUAAGAAGUUGGGUCAUUCUGCUGCUAUCUGUAAGCAUGCCCCAACUGCUAUAAAGAAGAUCACAGAGACUUCAAACCAGGCUAGUCCAACUGAUAAUAAAGCAAGUGAUACUGCUGCUGAUGCCCAGAAUAACAGCUCCCAGAAUAAGCAAGAAUCUCUUGAGGUGCCUAGGCAUGUUGAUGCUCUACCAGUACCUAGUGGAUCCAAAUGGGUUACCCCUCGAAAGUCUGGGAUGAAGAAACUUGUUGAUAAUCCACAACUUGAUCUGCAUAGGAACUCUUUCAGUAUUCUGCAGGCAAACCAGCAGAUGAAUAAAAUUGGUCUUGGAGCUCUGAUUGAAACAAAAUUAAAAGGGGACAGAAUAAGGGAUCUUAUGAACUCUUCGUUUGCUGGUUGGAAGUUUUAUAGUACUUCUGUGGUGGAGGGGCGUAUUUUGCUUAUCUGGAAAGCUCACAUGGUGAAGGUUGAAAUUAUUCAGGAAACUGCUCAGCUACUACACUAUAGAGUUAAUUUGAUUGGUGUGAACUUGGCUUAUUGCCUCUCGGUUGUCUAUGGUUCUAAUCAAUUGGAGACAAGGAAAUAUUUAUGGUCUGACUUAGCUACUAUUCAAAGACCGAUUACCCCUUGGAUUAUUAUGGGAGACUUUAAUGUUGUCUUCCAUGUUGAUGAUCGUCUUGGUGGAAGACCUAUUUCUGUUAAAGAGAUGGAGGAUGCUCGUCAAUGGUUGGCUUUGGGAGAGGCAACUGAAAUGAAGACUUUGGGUCCUAAAUACACAUGGACUAAUAAACAAGAUGGAGGAGCUCAGAUUUUCUCUAAAUUGGAUAGAGCUUUCUCUAAUGAAAGUUGGAUUGAUGUCUUCCCGUUAGCUGUAACAUAUGCUCAAUGGGAUGUGGUUUCUGACCAUUGCUAUUUGCUGAUUAAACAGGGGGAUUUCUGUAGUUUGGGAGUGAAACCUUUUCGGUUAUAUAAUAUGUGGGCAGUUCAUGACAAAUUCGGGAAAAUUGUUCUUCACAACUGGUCUCUUCCUUUAGAGGGGCAAGGAUUGUUUCGCCUUGUUGGAAAACUCACAAGGCUUAAGCAUGUUCUCAAAAAGUUCAAUUGGUUAUGGGUGAUGUUGCUUGAAGUAAGGCGUUACAAGCAGGCCCAAAGUGCUCUAUGUUCUGAUCCUUUAAAUGUUGAGUUACUGUCAAAAGAAAAAGAUGCGCAGCAGGAUUACUUCAGGCAUGAGAAGGUUUAUGCUAGUUUUCUUCGUCAAAAAAGCAAGAUUACUUGGCUCAGGUUUGGUGAUGAAAAUUCCUCAUUUUUUCAUGCUAGCUUGAAACAGAGGCAAACUUCUAAUCGCAUUAUUUCGUAUAUUGAUGAUAAUGGCUGUUUUGUGGAUAAUUAUGCUAAGGUUGUUGAUCAUUAUUUUUACCACUUUAAGAAUCAUUUGGGAAAUACUAGCAGGGCUACAGGUCAAAUUGAUCCCGAUUGUAUUAAAUAUGGUCAUGUACUGAGUUUAGAUGACCAGCUGCACUUAAUAAAGCCUUUUACUUACCAAGAAGUUCGCUCAGCUAUGUUUAGUAUUAAUUCAGUCAAAAGUCCUGGCCUGGAUGGCUAUGGAGCGGGAUUCUUCAAAGCUCUUUGGAAGGAUAUAGGCAAGGAAGUUUCUGUGGCUGUUUUAGACUUCUUUACCUCAGGCAGAAUUUCCCUGUUGCUUAAUGAUACUAUCCUAUCUCUCAUCCCGAAAGUAGACCAGCCAUCAAAUUCUACUGAAUACAGACCUAUAGCUUAUUGCAACUCUAUUUACAAAUGCAUUUCGAAAAUGCUUUGCAACCGGCUGGCAGCGGUUCUUCCUUCUCUAAUUAAUCUAAAUUAG